GCGGGAGCGUUGGCUGCUUUCUUUGCUGCAAUUGUAUUAUGCCCAACUGAAUUGGUCAAGUGCAAAUUACAAGCUCAAUCGGAAGUUAAUUCUAGGCUUGUCAAAACACCAGCCUCAAUUUGUCGUGAAAUGUUUCAAGAGGGAGGAAUUCGGUCGUUUUAUACAGGAUUUGUUGCUACACUAAUACGUGAAUAUGAAAUGUCAAGAAAAUUUUUAACUCCAAGUGGAAAAACAAAAGAAGAAAUUGGAGUAUUAAGAACAGCUAUUUCUGGUGGUAUUGGUGGAAUGGCACUGUGGACAGCUAUUUUCCCUGCAGAUGUUGUAAAGAGUCGAAUGCAAAUAGGUGAAACUGGACGAUUUUCAACCAUUUUAAUGAAAAUUAUUAAAAAUGAAGGAAUUUCUGCUUUAUAUAAAGGAUUGUCACCAACAUUAAUUCGAACUUGUAUUGCUAGUGCAGCUUUAUUUAUAACUUUUGAAAAUAUUAAAACUUUUCUUCAUAGUUUGUGA